AUGCACUUGUUUAGCCGCCGAGUCACCCUCAUGGCCCUUGAUACUGCACUCGGCGGCGUCUACUUUUGUGCUAUACACGUCCAACUUGGCUGUAUAAAAAAGCCUGGCUUCCAGAUUGUUGCGCCACCCAGUUGGUAUUUACCAAAAUUUCGAACACCACUAUUCUGUUAUUGCGGUUGCAUUGGUGGCGAAGAAAGCGGAAAUAAUAUCGAAAGAACUGUUUUCAGUUACAUCAUUAUCGAAUUGUCGCCUUCCAAACUUGCAGUCCCACGAAUGGAAGAAUGUAGCUCUAUGGUGUUUUGGGAUGAAUAAAGCAAGAUGUGAUAAUGGGCCCUCGCAUGAGCGAAGAGAGUGAAGAGAGGGCAGAGAAGCGC